GCAAGGUUAUUCUGAGAACAGAUCUCCCAGAUCGCAUCAUGCAAGGUAUUCAGUCGUCGUAAAAGGGCGUAGGUAUCCCCAUGGGUGACCAUGGUCUGCGCAAAAACGACGUGAUAGGGGGAGGUCCUCUGCUGAACGAAAGGCACAGUUGAUUGAUGACAGCUUGUUAUCCCAAUCUCUUUGAUCAGAAACAGUAUAAGCGCAUAUAGCAGCCAACAGAUGAACAAGAAGACAAUCAUGCACUUGGCAACAAAACGACAACAACUGAACGGCCUCAAUGAUGAGAGACGAUUGUUUUCGUGGUUUGGAAUCGGGACGGAUCUUUGUUGUGGCAUAUGAUGGGGGGCUCUCUACCCAUGGCGCCUUCUUUUGCCUUUGUUUGGCGUUUUUUUUUGUCCCGUUCCUAUACACAUUACCUAAAAUAUAAAGAUGUAUAACAUUAAUUAUGAAAAUGUUAAAUAGGAGUAAUAAUAUAGACUACUCACCAAAGCAGAACAUCCCUGCUGAUGUGAUCGGGGUGGGAUGAACGAGUGUAGAUGACGGCAUAUGAUGAGUGGCUCUCCAGGGCACUAUCCUCGCCUUGGCCACUUUCGCGCAAUAUAUAGACAUCACUUAAAAUAUAAAAAUACAAGACAUUAGUGAUGUCAACCUCUAAUUAGUCAAAGGCUAAAGAGUACCUAAGUAAGGCUGUGGGAGCUGUCUGACGUACGGGGGUGCCCGCCAUGGUAUGGAUCGGCCUCGCCCCAGGCUUAAACGCCCACACAUCUGAAACAAAUAAGAUACUUACAGUUUUCCAUGAUAUUAAUAUAUGAAACUGCAAAACCACCUACAUUUAAUUGUGACAUGACCCACCGUUGGGUAAGUGGACUCCCGAUGAGGAUGUGGGUAUUUUGGACAGACUGCCAGGUAGAUCCCAAUAUGGGUUGCACAUCUGGAAAUUUGCUGUCACGUGCCUUUUUCAAAAACAGGCUCCGUGUGAAACUGGAUGACAUCGGUUGCACAUGGGGUCGCCUCCAUUGAUGGCACGCUGCCUGGAUGGGGCACAUUUUUACCAUAAAGUUUAGAAAAACACAAAUGGUACUGAAGAGAGCGGUUGUUCUCCAUGCGGUCCCUCUGUCUCCCAACAAAGGAACCUUUUCACCGCUUGCUUUCCACUCCUGUGGCGAGUUCUACAAAGCCGCGGAGAGCGCCGGCGGCGUCAUCUAUCCUAAUAUAGCAUUAACAAUGUUCGAAAUUUCGAAUGUUAUUACUUACAAUGACUUUAUUCAUUCAGCAGCAAAAUUUACUCCAUAUGAACUCUUCUAUGGGAGAACAUAUAAAUUUAACAAAAUAAACAUUCAAAAUAAUGAAGAUGAUUAUUUAGAAAAGUUAAAUUCAUUUCAAAGUGAACUAUUACCCGCCGUCAAAACAACGCUAGAAAAAAUCACUAGAUAUAAUGUUUUUGCACGGUUUACUCAACAAAUCCAUGCCGACUGGGAUGUCGUAUGGUUUGUCUUCUAGUUUACGUUUAUACCAUCUGAUUGCACCCUUUGGAUGAUAAUUAAAUUCUGUAGGUAUUGUUUGGGAGUCUUUAAAAUAUGGCACAGGUCAUCCCAAGUCCAGCCUAGUAUUUUACUAGGUGCGCUUAUUUCUUGGGAGUGACGAUCUCCUGUUCCUUUGUCCCUCGCUGCUGAGUAUAGAUGAUAGCUGUGGAAAUAAUUCUUGACCCUAAUACCGGGGAGUACUUUGUCAAUGAAGGAAACCACACUUUUGUACACGUUUAACAAUUUUUUUAUUAACUUUUAUUUGCUGCUGAAAAAGCCCGAUAAAUUAAUUAACCUACUCCUCUACUAUUCACUCUGCAACUCUGCUACUCAUUCUGCAACUCUUCUGCUAACUCACUCUGCAUCUCCUCGACUAACUCAUUCUGCAACUCCAACUCACUCCGCUAACUCCUCUACUAACUCACCCCGCUAACUCCGUUGGUUUACUCCGCUAACUUCGUUGGUUUACUCCGCUAACUCCAUUGAUUUACUUAAUCUUUAAAUCUUUUUCAAACUUUAACCAAAGCUGAUGCUGUAAUUCCUGGACCUGCAGCCCUACCGCCUUGUUGCAGGAAGAUCUCCCCUGAGACCUCUCCCCAUCGGAGGAUUUAAUAAGCCUCGCUGGAUUAAAAAGUGUGCAGGUGUAGCACCAGCAAAUCAUGACUAUUGUCGGACAACGGGUACAGUUAAGUAACAACGCUUAGUGUCUAUUUGUUACACAGUUGUUUAUUUUAGUUCUUCCGUACUGUGAUAUAGAAACAAGACCAUCGUAAUAUCGAAACAAGGACUGAGCUUCUUCUCGGUCAUCUCGUAUUUAUAUUUCCUUAAAAUUGUUUCCAUAAUAUACAUAUGUUCCUUUUCUUCUAUGAAACUAUCUAAUACAAAAUUCAUGACCUUUGUUUCCGGACACUAUGUACCGCUUUCUUGAUGUGUUCGUUGCAUCUAGUCGUUAUCAGGCGUUUAGUCUGUCCUAUAUAUACCUUGUUACAAUCACUGCACUUUAUUCGGUAGAUACCGCCAUUUUCCUCCGCUGCCAACGGAUUUUUGACGUUCCCCAGUAAAUUCCGCAAAGUGGACAAUCGACUUGGACCUACAACUUUCACUUCUUCAUCCAAUUCCUGAUGUUGUCGAAUAGGUGACUUCCUUGUAUCGCGGAAAUAGUGUUGUAUGAGUGUUCCUAUUGUGUUGCUUGAUUUUCCUAACGAUCAGCUUCUCGAUAUUCUGAGGAUUAUACCCGUUUUCAAUAGCGGUGUCAAUGUGUUGUUGUUCCUUAUUGAAACUGUAUUCCGCAUCGUAUUAUUAGGAUACUGUUGUCUGAGGCAUACGGCCCAACUAUCUUUAAGGACGUGCUGAUCUGCAGGCCGAAUCGGUAGUGUGUAGGUCAUCACAACCCAAAAAGUUCCUCCAAUCGAAGUUGGUUAUUUAUUCAAGUGCAAAUCGAAGUGAUUCCACAUCAGGUCAAGUUUUCAUUGAUUAAAAUACAUUUUCAUACUGUAAAUGCCAAAAAAUUGCUACGAAAUAUAACGUAGUGAACAUCAGACAGAUUUCAAACAAUUGAACAGGUACACAAAGCGCUUUCUCAAAUUCAAGGAAAAGUCUUCUUUUUAUAAAAAUCUAUUCCGUAAAUUUCAUCAAACGUUCCGUAUAUAUUAUCAUAUUUAAUUUAUUAAUUGUUUGUGGUGAUUGUUGCGCGUAUGUGUCGGUACGGUUAAUUUUCGUGAGCGCGUGUGUAUGUUUAUAGAGCAAAAACAUAAUUUCGAAAUUUUUCAAUUGAAAUCUUAUGAUGUCUUCUACCCCGGAUGAAAAUAAUGAAAAUAUGGUGCAUAACGAUGCUCUUAUUACGCCUUACAUUUCGCAAGUUCUUAAGAGGGGUCAACAGCAAAAAUUUAUGGCAUCCUUGCCGUUGCCAAUUAAAAAAAAAGUUCGUGCCCUUCGAAAGUUACAACUCAUAACAACGCACCUUGAUGCCGAAUUUCAUCGUAAGGUCUACGAAUUGGAACGUAGCUUUGAAGAAAGACAUCGUGAUAUUUUCAAGAAACGUUUUGAGAUCAUAAAUGGAGACUAUGAGCCAACUGAAGAAGAAUGCAAUUAUUCGGAUGCUGAAUAUACUCUGGACUAUACUCACGCCAUAGAUGAUUUCCCAUUGUCAGUUGAUAAUUCUUGUCCCCCAUUCGAUGCGAAUGCAAGAGGAGUACCGGAUUUUUGGUUGACUAUAUUCAAAUAUGUUCCAUUGUUUGAAACGUUUGUGAAAGAGACCGAUGAGCCGGCAUUGAAGCACUUGGUUGACAUUCGAUGUGUAACCAAACCGCCGCCAGAUCUGUCCUUCACGUUGGAAUUCCAUUUUUCUCCAAAUCCAUUUUUCUCAAACUCGGUUCUUACCAAAGAGUAUUUGCUGAAAUGCGAUCCAGACAAUGACGAUCCGUUUUCGUUUGAUGGACCGGAGAUAUAUAAAUGCAUUGGCUGUAAUAUCGAUUGGUAUGAAGGCAAGGAUCUAACAUGCAAGACUGUGAAGAGGAAAAGUCAAUUAAAUCAAGAUAGAGGAAGUGUUAAGAUUAUCAAGACUGAGUCGUUUUUCAACUUUUUUGAUCCCCCUGAAAUUCCCGAGGAUGAGCAUGAUCCACAAUUUGAUGAUAUUAAUACAAUUUUGGAGACUGAUUUCGAGAUCGGCCACUAUUUAAAAGAACGCAUCGUACCGAGAGCUGUUCUGUAUUUUACUGGUGAAAGUGACGACUUUUCUGAUAGUACAUCCAAUGAUGAUGAAUCGGAGGAUUGUGAUGUAUCUGAAGAAGAUAUUGGCGAGGAAGGUGGAAAUGUACCUGAUGGAGACGGUGAUGCUGCUCCUUAAAUUUGCUCAUUAAUUAGGAAAACGCCGCAAUCAAUUUCAUGUUGAAUUGUUCAAUUAGUCGUCCCAAAGUUCUUUCUAUAAGUAU